GGUAGACAUUAAACAUAUCCGCCAUUGAAGUGUUGUCGUAAUAGCGUACAUAAUAUUGUGAAGUGCUUAAAUUUUGUUAUUCAAGUUAACAAUAUCUUGUUCCAUUGAAAAUAUUGUGAAUGAUUAUUUAUUGUUGUUUAGUGACCAUGUCUUCUAUGGAUAUUGAUCUCUAAGUGUAACGUUGGUGUUUUAAACUAGAUUUUUGUGGGACAACAAGUGAAGUGACGCGAUCUCCUUGUAUUAGGACAAAACAAGCUAUAAAUAAUUUUUUACCGUACAGCAAUUUGGUAAAUCUAUUUUUUCUUCUUAUUUGUGAUGUUCCCGCAUUCCAUCAGCGCGGAAGAAGAACUGAAGACGAAACUGAUUCCGAGUGUAAACCUACUACACUCCAAGAGAAAAGGAAUAUUCAUACACCCUUCUGCUAUGUACAGAAAUAGUGUCCCGUGUUACACAAAUAUAAGGGCACCGUUUGUUUUGAUUAAUUUGAGAGGGUAAACGGCUUGAGGAAAUAAAGUAGAGAAAAUGAAACUAUUAGAGAGUGGCCGUUUAGAGGCACUGAGCAGAGCUCUCUCGAUCUUGAAUGGAGAUAGUGCCGUACAGGGUCGUGUGGAGAGCUACAGCUGCAAGAUGGCUGGGAAUGAGAAAUCUUUCUACAAGAGAUUCACAGCCACAGGGGAAACAACGCUAGAAGCGUUGUCACCACCAGAAAGUGUUAUGUACAGCCGAAGCCUGUCAGGUGAUGAAGAUGGGGUCUUGUGUGACACCAUAUCUCGGAAAACUCUGUUUUACUUAAUUGCCACUCUAAAUGCUGCUUUCCCAGACUAUGAUUUUUCAAUGGCCAAGAGCAGUGAAUUUAGUGCAGAACCAUCAUUGAGUUGGGUGCAAGGUGCUGUGGAUGCUUCUCUAUCUGCAGUAGGUGGUGCUCUGUGGAGGCAGCUGCGUCCUGCCCUGUGGACUGCUGUUGAUGAGGAGGUGGUGUUACCUGAGUGCCGCAUAUACAGCUACAACCCUGACUUGGCCAGUGACCCCUUUGGAGAACCUGGCUGUCUAUGGGCAAUUAAUUACUUUUUUUACAACAUGAGGUUGAAGCGGAUUGUCUUUUUCACAUGUAGAGCUAUGAGUCCCGUGUGUGCUGUUGACUCUGGUGUUGAUUUUGCUAUGGAUGAAGAUGAUGAAUACAACUGAUGAAAUUGAAUGAUGAGAAACAUGAUUUAGUCAUCUAAGAACUUAGAAGAUUUAGGCUUGUCAAUAAACACCUAGCAAGUCUAAUAACAUUGCACUUAAUAGAACUAAGUUGCAACUGUAAAAAAAGCACUUAUUAUUUCACUAUAUCAAUUCUUUUUGUAAUCUUUAUAAGUUGCCUAAUAUUUUUAAUUCUAACAAAUAGUAUUCGUAUUUUUUUUUCUUAGAUUUUCUUUUAAUAAUAUAGUUAAGUUACUAACUAUAUCCCCUAUAAAUGCUAUAUUGGUGGUCUCAUAAUAAUUUGAUAGCGUCGGAUAAAUAUUUCUUAUAAUUUUACGUCAUUGUUUGAAUUUAGAAACUUUUUUAUCAACAUCAUUUAUCAAUUAUCGUAAAUACCUAAGUUAUUUAGUUUUCACAAUUACUCAUCACAGGAUCAUUUGGAAUCAUAUCAAAUAAUAAAAUAUCUUAUUAUUUAAUUUUACUUCUAACUUUAGUGUGUUUACAAACCAUAAUUUAAGAUAUCGAUUAUAUAAUUAAAAUUAUUUUAGAUAAUUCAAAUGAUCCAUGCAAACCGUAAAGUUUGUAAUCGCGUCUCUAAAGAUGUUAUAAAUAGUUUUAAUAUUUAGAUAAAUAUUUAUAGCUAAAUAUAUGUUAAUUCUGAAUCAAAAUACCCACGGAUGACUCAAACUAGUAAGAUCGAACUGCACCCUGAUAAAUAUUGUAAUAUGAAAAAUAGUGAGAUAACAGUUAGGGUAAGAUGCACGACAUUCAUAACUAUGAAUAGCAAACACGAACUUUAAGGCUUUGUUAUAAAACAUUGUUAAGGUUUUAGUGCAGUCUACUCACAUUUGAAAAAAACGAAGAGUGUCUGUUGUACUUGUAUGUCUGUGUACAAUUUUACAAUCUAUACACGCCAUUAAUUGACACGCAUUCCCUACACAAUAACACACUGCCUAUCAAAAUUAUUUAAAUGUUGUAUUUAAUAAAAAGUAUUAUAUAUUGUUAGUGUAAUUCAGCAUCUAGUUAAUUUUGUUAUGGUUCUAUUUGUGUAUUUCAUGUGGUGCUUUUAGUUAGAUCUGAUAGGACUAUUCCUAAAACGCCUAUUCAUAACCGUCUUUUAGUUUACCCAUUAGUAGGAUUAGGUAUUUAACGUAUAAACCUGGUAUGAAGAACUUAGAAGACAAAUAACAUUUUAAGACGGAAAAAUAUCUCCAUUGAUUAUAUUUAUAUAAUUUAUUUUUCUCCCGUAAGUUUCUUGACUUAAAUAGACGUUUUUGUCUACCAGUAUUGCCUUUAUGUACUAUUACAAUCCACAUAUUUUCCUGUUACUGUGGUGCUGCCAUGAAGCGAAAACAUAAUAUCAUUUGGAUGUUGUUAUAGAUUCUUGUAAAUGAUAUUCGCAUCAUAUGGUGUUUCGUGGCAUCCCAAAUGGUCGUUACUUCAGCGUGCUAUUUUAGAACCGGAACAAAUUAAUUGUCAAUUAGCCCAUCUCUUUACGUGUUUUCUCUAUUUACAUAAUGCCUACUUUACCUAGGACAUGUUUAUUUACAUAGUAUGUAUAUUAAAACAUUUUAUUAGCUAUCUUGUUACGCGUAUAGUUUAACUAGUAAAUGAUGGUUAAAGAUGA